AAAAAACAAACUCCGGGUAAACAGAUUUCACAUUACACUGUUAUUCAUUGAGCAUCUCAAGUUAUAACGGGCAUAUGCACCAUAAGAGAACCAUUGCAAGGCAUUGAUAUUUCAGUUAUUUCAUUGUCUUUGUUUCUUGUGUCCUUUUCUCUCUUUUUUUUGGUUUUUGUUUUGUCUUUAUUUCUUUUCCGCGUUGCGAAUACACCAUGUCAUCGUUGACCGCAAUCCAGUUCCCAAAGUCUACACCGUUCCCAGUGAAGAUUCUAUCCAUAAAGGCAUCUGUUGGUGAUGAUAUCAAAAGACAUCAGGUGCUACUGAACUAUUCAUACUGGGAAUACCAAGACGUUGCUAUUUCCGAAGAUAGGGAUGAUUCUGAGGAGCCUCGCUACCAGAAGCACAGGGUUGACUUGGUUGGUACAUUUGAGUGUCCGAUUGAUGGAGUGCUAAAGGAGAUUUGUGUGAACGUGCAGGACGAGAUCAUUAGUGAUGAGCAAACCCUUGUUAAGUUGGAAGAGCCGUGCUCACAUUCGAUCCAGUACGGUGGUUUAUGUGCACUUUGUGGUAAAUCACUAGACGAGGAUUUGGACUAUUCCGGGUUUAAGAACGAAGACAGGGCUCCGAUCGCCAUGUCGCAUGGUACAAAUAACCUCAAAGUGUCCAAAGACGAAGCUACAAAAGUUGAGAAGCUGUGGACUAAGUCCUUGGUAAAACAGAGGAAGUUAAUCCUCGUUGUCGAUUUGGAUCAAACAGUGAUACAUGCCACAGUUGACCCAACCAUUGGCGAAUGGAUGAGAAAUGAACAAAAUCCAAACUAUCCAUCAUUAAAAGACGUGAAAUCCUUUACCCUAGACGAAGAGACCAAGACUCCGGUAUAUUCAAUCUUCAAGAGAACCUAUUUCGUCAAACUCAGACCCGGGCUACAAAAAUUCUUGGACUCUGUUUCACAGAAGUACGAAUUACACAUUUACACCAUGGGCACACGGGCGUAUGCAAAGGAAAUUGCCAGAUGCAUAGAUCCAGAUGGAUCGAUAUUUGCAGAUCGUAUUCUUUCAAGAGAUGAAAGUGGGUCCAUAACGAGUAAAUCGCUCGAAAGAUUGUUCCCAACCGAUACCUCGAUGGUUGUUAUCAUUGACGAUAGAGGAGAUGUUUGGAAUUGGAGUGAUCACUUAAUAAAAGUUGUGCCGUAUGAUUUCUUCGUCGGUAUUGGUGAUAUCAACUCGAAUUUCCUCCCAAGGCAGAAAUCGUUACUGGGACCAAGUAAGAGGCGUAAAUCCAUUGAACAAUUGGAGGAAAAAUUGCAAGAGUCCGGAGAUGACCAAGAGAGCUUGGAUGAACAGGCACGUGAUAGACCGUUGGCUAAAUUGCAGAAGGAUUUAGACACGAUGGAGUCGCACCCAGAGAGAUUGUUGUAUGACGAAGAUGAUGAGUUGAAAGGGUUGGAGAAGGCCCUUUUAAGCAUCCAUUCGACCUUCUACGAUUCAUUUGACCAAGGUGAAACUCCAGAUGUUGCAACAAUAUUACCGUCGAUGAAGGUUCCUAUAUUUGAAGGAUUCCGUCUUGUCUUUAGCGGACUAUUGCCUCUCGGAUCUAACAUCUCAAACGAGUCCAUCGUUCAAUGGGCACGUUCCUUUGGCGCCAUUGUUGAUUCUGAGGUUAGACCAGAGACGACACAUGUAAUUGCAAAGAACCAGUAUACUUUCAAGGCAUGUUUAGCAAAGACCAUGAUUGAAGAUGUAAAGAUUGUACAUCCUGAUUGGUUAUUCCAUUGCAUGUCACAUUGGAAAAGGUUGAAAACCGAAGAUUAUGAGCUCGAUUUCGACAAGUCGAAGUUGCUUCCAGCAGCCCAGGUUGAGAAGUACAUGGAGAGGCUGAAUGAGGUGAAAUCUCGGGAGGAAUCUCCAGCGCUGGAUGAUAUUGAAGACAAGGAUGACCUUCUUGGUGGAGAUAUGAACUGGUUAGACGAUGAGGAGGAGGAAGAUCUUUCCGACGACGACGACGAUGAAGACGAGGAGGACGAGGCACAUACGUUGAAGCGUGGAAUAGCCGACGAGGAGGAGGACGGAACCAAGAGGAUCAGACUAGAGCAUGUCACUGGUCGAGACCGCGAUACACAAGAGAACAAGAACGACAACGACAGCGAUGACGAUGACGAUGAUUAUGACGAUGAACUUGCAGCUGAGCUAAUGGAUGAAUUGGAACAGUAACUGUUACAGAUAAUACCGGUGUUACAACACUCACACUCAAAUACGCAUAUUGAUUGUACAUACCCCCUUCAUGGUACUUAUAACAAGACCUUUUUAGUAA